AGGUAUUCGUUGUUUAUAGGUCAAUGACACCUGUUCAGGUUACAGGUUAAGUUGGCAAGCUUCAAGUCAUAACAAACAACAAAUACAGUUAAAAUUCCUUAAAGUUUUAAACUCGUGUUUUGUUAUUAGUUACGAAAAUGGUUCUAACUUUGCAUCAUUUCCCCCCAAGUGCACCAUCUAGAGCAGCAUUACUAACAGCGAAAGCCAUUGGCUUAGAUAUCGAUGUUCAAAUAGUAAACUUAUUUGAGAAAGAGCAGCUUAGUGAAGAUUUCAUUAAGAUCAAUCCUCAACAUACCAUACCUACUCUGGUCGAUGGUGAUUUCAUUGUAUGGGAUAGCCAUGCGAUAGGACCUUAUUUAGCGACAGUUUAUGGAAAAGAUCCAACAUUUUAUCCCAGUGAUGUGAAAAAACGGGCUUUAAUCGAUCAACGCCUAUACUUUGACUGUGGAACUUUAUAUCCCCGAAUUCGAGCUAUUUGUUUCCCAAUCUUAUUCCUAGGAGAAGAUCAAAUUCUUGACGAAAAUAAACAACCACUCGAGGAGGCCCUCGGCUUUUUAGAUGUGUUUCUAGAUGGAAAUAGUUAUGUGGCUGGAGAUAAGCUUACAGUUGCAGAUUGUUCACUUGCUGCCUCAGUCUCGAGUAUUGUGGCAAUUGGAUGGGAUAUUAAAGCCUAUGAAAACGUAAACAAUUGGUUAGCGAGAUGCGCCUUAACCAUUCCAGGGUAUGAGGAAACGAAUCAAGCUGGAGCGAACGAAUUUGGGAAAGCUGUACGAAGUAAAAUGGCACCUGGACAACUUCCUUGAAAUGUUAUAUACAGUGUUUUUUCAUUACAUAAAGAAAAGACAAUAAGUAAAUUAA